AUGAGUGAAAAUUUCAAGUAUGACUUGACGGAGAGUAUGCUGCCCUUCCUGGACCGCCAGCUGGCGCAUUUGCUUUUGGAAUCUGCAGCCAAGAACGGUUCGACUGACGCUGGCCGUAUAGACGCGCAGGUGCUCGAGGGCACGUUGCUUAUUUCCGCGAUCUCCGCCGCCGGCGGCGAUGUUGCCAAAGCGGAAGCAGCAAAGAAGGACGCCGAGGCAAAGGCGGCUUCCGGUGACGACUCUGUGCGAGCCAAGUUCGCCUACGACUCGGGCGACUAUUCCAAGGCCCUCGAGCUUCUCUCGUCUGUCUCCACCCCUCAGGCUGCUUGGGGUAAGCUGGCCGCAGGUAUCAUGAACGGAGACUUUGCAACGGCUAUGGACAGCUUGCAGAAAGUCCAGGAAGGCCUUGAUGCCAAAGGAACCGAUGCCCUGCACCAGCUCAACAACCGUGCUUGGUUUGUUCACUGGGCCCUGUUUGUGCUGUUCCGGGUCGACGGCGGUGUUGACAAGCUGUGUGAGCUUUUCUUCCAGUCCAACUACAUGUCUACUAUCCAGGCGUCCUGCCCGUGGAUCCUGCGCUACCUCGCGGUUGCUGCAUUGAUUUCCGCCGCCGCCAAUAAUAACCACCACCACGCGCACCGCCGGAUCAAGGAGCUGGUUCGCGCAGUUGUUCAGGAACUGUAUGAAUACGAGGAUCCUGUUCUGUCGUUCAUUAAAGCGCUUUAUGUUGACUACGAUCUCUCCGAGGCAACCCGCCAGCUCCAGCAGGCUCAGGAGCUGGUUGCUGGCGACUACUUCGUCAACGGCCAUACCGCGGCUUUCGUCAACGCUGCCCGUUUGCUCAUUGUGGAACUGUACUGCCGUGUCCACCAGUGUGUCAAAGUCGAGAGUCUUGCCAAGGUCGUCAACAUGCCCGAGGCCGAGUGCGAGAAAUGGCUGUACAGCCUGGUCAAGGACAAUAAGAUUGACGGCAAGGUCGAUGAGGCCGCCAAGGUUGUAAAACUCAACUCAAAGCGCCAAAGUGCCUACGACCAGAUCAUUGACAAGACAAAAAACCUGGACCAGCGCAACGCCCAACUCUUGGCCCAGGUUCACGCUAAACAUGAAGCUUAG